AUGCCUUCAAAAGAGUGGGACGAAGAGGAUAGCGGUUCCAGCGCCCCCUCAUCUCCCAAGGUUUCUGCCGCUGCCGCUGCCGCCCGCCGCAAGUUCGACGACGAAGAGGAUGACAGCGAUGUGCUCGAUUCUUGGGAUGCCGCAGAGGACUCCGAAGUAGAGCGAGAGAAGGAGCGCAAGGCCAAGGAGGCCAAGGAGAAGGCUGCUGCCGAAGCUGCUGCCAGUAAGAAGUCUAAGGCCCAGCGCAUCAAGGAGCACCAGGAUGCCCGCGCCAAGGCUCUCGCCGAAGAUUCCGACGAGGAAGAGGAGGAAACUGAGGCCGAGCGCCGCGAGCGUCUUCGCCGCACCGAGAAGGAGGCAGACAUGAAGCACGCCGAAGCCCUGCUCGGUGCUGGGGACGACUUUGGAGACAUUGGCGUGAGCAGCUCUCGCAAGGGCCAGACCGUUGGAACUGCCGUCGCUAUCAGCAACGACGACCCCAGCAAGACUGUCAACAUUGCCAACCUUCCCCUCUUCAACCCCACCACCAAGGCCCAGUUUGAGAAUCUCCGCACGACCCUGGUGCCUAUCCUCGCCGCCAACGGCAAGAAGGCACACUACUCCCUCUUCCUGCAGGAGUUUGCCAAGCAGCUUGCUGCUGAGCUCCCCAGCGACCAGAUCAAGAUUGUUGCCAGCAAGCUCACGGCCCUGAGCAGUGAGAAGAUGAAGGCCGAGAAGGCCGCCCAAAAGGGUGGCAAGAAGACCAAGGCCGCCAAGACUAAGACAUCACUGGUCGCCAGUCGUGCUAAUACCACUGACACUAACGCCUAUGAUAACGAUGAUUUCGGAGAUGAUGAUUUUAUGUGA